CUGGAAGGUGGCGGUAAUGCACCUAUAAGUUGUUUGCCAACCGCCAUAAAAAGUAGGAAAAGGAAGCCUGCGUCAUCCGUUGACGGAGCCAGGAGGAACCGAGCAGAAGAACCGUAGAAAAAUGGCGUUCACAUUCGCGGCCUUUUGUUACAUGCUCGCUCUACUGCUCACGGCGGCGCUUAUCUUUUUUGCUAUCUGGCAUAUAAUUGCAUUUGAUGAACUGAAGACUGACUACAAGAAUCCUAUAGAUCAAUGUAACACUUUAAAUCCGACAAUUGAAAAGGUCAAAAAGAUUAAGAGAGUCAAAAUUGCAAUAAAGCUGGUGCUGCCAGAGUAUCUCAUCCAUUUCUUCUUCUGCGUGAUGUUUCUGUGCGCGGCCGAGUGGCUCACCCUCUUCCUCAACUUGCCGCUGCUGGCUUAUCACGUCUGGCGAUAUACGAGCAGACCSGUGAUGAGCUGUCCAGGACUCUAUGACCCGACUACCAUCAUGAAUGCCGACAUCCUGGCCUAUUGUCAAAAAGAAGGCUGGUGCAAACUGGCUUUCUACCUCCUCUCAUUCUUCUACUAUCUCUACGGAAUGAUCUAUGUUCUGGUGAGCUCCUAAAGACGUGGMGGGAAACGGACCGGGCUGUACAGUAGAUGACCAGACACUAUGAUCAAAGUGCUGGAACACUGGACCUGCUGGAGACAAUUGAUGAGCAACACGAGCCGUUAUUUCAAGUGGAUGAGCCCCCCCGACAAACACACUCACACACACACAGUACAGAGAGUCAUUCUGGAAACUUCUAACCUCUAUAAAGACUAUCUUGGUCGCAGCGUUUCCGUCAAAGCAAAACAACUUAAAAAAAAAUUAUCUGGAAAUACGGACAAACUUCAAUGGACAAGUUGAUCUUUUUCCUUUUUUUUAUGCUUGAGAUUAAAUAAAAAUUGUUUUCCAUCUUUUCUCCCUGCUUUCGAGUGUUUACAGAUUAGGAUUUGAGGUUCGUGUGUGUGAAUCUAAACGUGUGCUGAUCUGCUUUACGGUUUGUUUUUUCUGGAACGUAACGGCUGAUGUACUCUGACCAGGUAGUUUAUUAUCUUAAAGAUCUUAGCUGCAGACGGCUCAAUCUGUUCAGACUAAAGAUGGACUGAAGGAAUAAAAGACUAGCGUUAUCUUGUAGUGAAACAUGAUGCACCAUUUUAUCAGGUUUUUUUGUUUUUUUUUUCAAUGAAUUGUUUCAAUAUUUAAAAUCUGUGCUCUACCUGUCCAAUAUUUAGUUGUUCAGAGGGGAUCAUGUGUUUUCUGUAAAGUUUCCCUUGUAGCUCUGAGUUAAGUGAAAGGCMGACUCRACAGCGAUGUAUUCUACAUUUACUUUAGAGCUUCAGUAGCAAACUGCUGAUGUGCCAUACUGUUGAAUCAUACCUUCGAUGUUCUGUUUUUGGUUGAUUUGAACAAAUAGUCCACGUUGUUAGAAUCUCUGGUCUAUUUAUCGUUUUCUGAAUUUUUAUACAAGUUCCUCUGACAUCAAGCACUCCUGCAUCUCCGUCAAACUUACCUAGUUCAAUAAGUUAUUUAGCUCAAGCUUUCACUGAUUAGAGCAAUGUCUUUCAUUUUGAACCAGUCAGUUUAUCAAGACACCGUGUCACAUUUGGGAAAAUAAUUCAAAAUAAAACAAACGUUGAAAUUUU